GCCACAUCCGGCACUGUCACGGAACAUCCGGCUUUCAUGUGGCGCGUGAAGGAAGUGAGCAGUUUUCCUGCUUUGGGUUGUGAAUAGAAAAUUUGUUUGCGUGCUUUUCAAACAUUAGUGCAUUAUUAUAAUGUCGCGACCGCUGUGAAGUUUGUCAGCCAUCUAGUUAACUAUUUCCAGGUGGAAAAUUUAACGAAAGCCGACAUGGAGAAACAUCCCGCUACCAAAAACCGAAACACAGAAAACGACCCCCUCCCCCUGUCCUCCUUACGCCUCUCAGCUCCACCGUUGCGGUUGGUCUCAGCCGCCAUGUGGCAGGUGAUGAAAAACAGAGAUGUGCUGCACUAUGGAAAGCUGGAAGAGUUUGUGACGUCCAUCUCUGAUGCCAUUCCCAUGCUGCUCUCCUGCCGGCACCGGGCCAAACUGACCCUGGGUCUCCGAGCUCGGCUGGUCCUAGAGUUGUGUCGGGGCCGUACUCCUCCGGACUCUAGUGUUGUUCUACCCCACUUGGAACGCCUGCAGCCCUUGGGUGGCCCUUCAAACCGCAGACGUGAUGAUGUCAAGGUGCGAGAAACAAUUUCAAAAUUCCAUGAGCUGGUGCAAGACCUCCUCAACAACCCUGCAGAACGAAAACACUUUUUCCAGGAGGUAUUCCCCGUAGAGUUUGGUCCCCAGUUUGACGAUGCCCUGGAGAAGUUGUUGUGGGAAUUUCUGGUGCGGCUGGACCAACUUCUACCCGUGCCUGACCUGGCCCAGACUGUGCAGUGGCUCAGCACUGCCCACGUUGUCCUGGAGGAAUGUGCACAGUCUGUGUCUCAGCCCCAGCUGCUGAGGGCUCUGCUCCAGCAUCAGAGGUGCCUUGGUCACUUGAGCUUGCCUGACCUCUCGUCCUCUUUGGGGGACUCCAUCCUGUCAUCGCUGUCCCUCGCUCCUUCCGGGAGAGUGCCGAAUGUCAAUCAGCCGUCAGACGGGGAAUCGGGUUCCAGGAAAACUCCCGGGAUGCAAGACUGUAGAGGAGCUGACGAGGGGUCGUGCGUCCAGCCGGCCGCCGAAAGGACAAAGGACCCUUGCGUGCUUCUCACCGAUUUAGCUGAGAGGAAGACGAGAAGCACUCUGGCAUCGUGCCGUCAAGGGAAAGAAGAUUCCAGAAAAGGUACAAAGGGCUCUGAGCACGAUGAGGCAACGAGGGGGCCAGGGUUACAUUCUGACAUCAGUCUCAGGGAAUCGGGCAGAAAAGAACCUCAGGAAGAAACCAGCAAACGGGCCAAGUCAAGUUACCAACAGGAGGAAGAGGAUGAGAAUGAGAGAGCCCAGAGAGAGAAGCAGGGUGGGGCCCUCAGCAGGGCCUCUGGGCAGACAGAUUGGACCCAGUCCUCUCUGGUUGCUGCCUGCCUCAACAGCCAGCCACGGGUUCUGGUUAAACAACUCAGCUUAGCAGAUAUCCAUGCCCACAGCAGUGUGGCCAGUGGAGCCCCAUCUCCAGCGAAACAGGACAAGGGCUCGUCAGAAUUCAGAGUGAACCGGAAGAGGAAGCUUUGGAUGACCCCUAAGAAGUUUCUGGAAGCAGCAGAAAAAGAGAACUCUGCUGACCGCCCUGUCACGUCAAGUGCAUCUCCUGCCAUCUCGCCGUGUACCCAAAAAACAGGGAGGACCAGGUCAUCUCCAGAAGACAGUGAUGUCGUCCUUGAUUCUGAAGAUGAAGAAACUAAGAAUUUCAAGGGAAGGCUGUUUGCCAAGCGGUACUACCGGACUAAGCACCACACCUAUGUACCGACACUCAGAGAGUUCUGGAAGCCCAGGCUGGCUAAGCCAGGCCUGCUGUCCCUCAGCCGUGCUCACAGGUGACCAGCUCUGGGUGUUGUCCCCGCCUCUCUGGCCUGGAACCAGGACUGCGUAGGUGCUGAGGAGGUACCUGGCUUUCAUCACACGUGAUGUGGGCACUUAAACAUAGACUGAGAUUGUUUAUAAGCUGAGGACACUUGUGGUUCUGUGGAGAAAGUGCUGCAAGUAGAGAAGUAUGGGCUGGAGAUGAUUUAAAUUGCCCUUUCCACCUUUUUAAAACUUGCAUAUAUGCACAUAUAUGCAAAUCAUAACAAUUAUGCUCCAAUCAAGCAAAUUCUGAAGAUUUAAAUGCAUUAAAAAUUGUGAAUUUUAUUAUAAUAAAGUAUGUAAAACCUG